AUGCAACACCUGCCUAUACAUCUCCCAUACGAAGCUGAACUAGGAGGACCUGUGCAAUAUAGGUGGAUGUAUGUUUUUGAAAGGAAUUUCAAAAAAUUGAAAGCAAAAGCCAAGAACAAAAGAUUUGCGGCCGGCUCGAUUGUCGAAUCAUAUAUCAACGAGGAGAUAGCUUACUUCUCAGAACACUACUUUUCUGAUCAUAUACAAACCAAAUCAAGGUUCACAAGAUUUGAUGAAGGUGAAGUCCCCGUAUAUCAUGUCCCUGGAGUACCUGAUAUAUUUACGCACGUAGGACGUCCAAGUGGAGAAAUACAAGAAAUAUGGCUUUCCGAGAAAGACUAUAGAUGCGCACAUGCAUAUGUUUUACGCAAUUGUGAUUAUUUUCAGCCACUUGAGAGGAUGUUUGAAGAUUUUCUUAAUGCAAAAUAUCCAGACCUCUCCGAAAAAGACCUCUCUGUGAAGAGAGCUGACGAAUAUCAUAUAUGGGUGAAAGAUUAUGUUAGCUAUUGGAGCAACACACAUAAUUUUCCUGUGUGGGUUAAAGAUAUUUCGAAUGGACCCCUGACUAGGGCCAGAACAUGGCCCAUGUACUUCACAAAAGGCUAUUUGUUCCAUACGCAGAAGCAUGGCGAGGGAAGAAAGACAUGUAACUAUGGUGUGAGUGUUAAAGGAGAAAGUUACACAAAUGCAUCCGAUGAAGCCAAUUACUACGGGAUAUUGACUGAUAUCAUACAAAUUCAGUAUGAGGGAUCGGUCAAUUUGAAAAUCACACUUUUUAAGUGUAAGUGGUAUGAUCCGGUAAUUGGUAGAGGCACUCGACGGAGAAAUGGAGGCAUCGUCGACGUUCUUUCAUCGCGGAAAUACUAUAAAUACGAACCAUUUAUUCUAGCGUCUCAAGCAGAUCAAGUUUGUUAUAUACCGUAUCCGUACGUUAAGAAACCAAAGCAGUCGUGGCUCAAUGUUUUAAAAGUGAAUCCAAGGAGAAUCAUUUCAGGAGAAUAUGAAGAUAAAGAACCGACACUGUUGCAACAAGAAAAUGAUGAUGCUGUUUUAAUGACUACAAUUGAAGAACUUGCAGUCGACCAUUUGGUUCAUGCUCGGGUACAACCUAUAAAUCUUGAUAUUGAUGUGGAAGAUGAUGAACCAGAGGAUGAAUUCCAGUGUAAUGUAUCAUCGUCUUCUUCUGAUGAUGGAGAUGGAGAAGAACCCUAUUAAAAUGUAGUAUGAUUUUAUAAACUUUGUUUUAAUGUGUGUUUGUAAUAUAAUUUUGUAAACUUUGUUUUAAACUUUUGUUUAGUGUGUACUGUGAUAUAAUUGUGUAAACUUUGUUUUAAUGUGUAUUGUAAUAUAAUUUUGUGAGCUUUGUUUUAGUGUGUUGUAAUAUCCCCUAUAUAUUAAAAGAGAAGCAUCACAACAUAUUUUUGUAGCCACAUGUCAUCACCACAAUCAUUCUUAGAAUCCUUAGAAAAAUAUGUUGGUCCAUAUAAAUGUAUAAUAAACUUUUUAUUAAACUAACCAUAAACUAAUCAUAAAUGUUCUUCAUUGUUUCCUUAAAUAAAAAUCACGGAAUUACCUACUGUGGCUAAAGU